UUUAUGGAAAAGACGUGCGAUUUGUGAGUGUUGUGUCUCAGUUUGAAAAUAAUUUCAAACUUUGAUUUGAAUAAAAUGUUAUUAAAAUGAUUACUAAGUAUUUUAAAAUAAUUAAUGACAAACCAGUAUAUAAUGACUAUAAGUAUAAAGUGUUUAUGUGAAUAAGAAGUGUAAUUUUGGUUUCCGUUUAGUUUGUGGAAGGGGCAACCAUGCACAAAUACUAUCUUUCCUUACUACUGGUGCGUCUUCUGUUGCCUGGGGCACUCCUCCUUAGUAUCGCACUACGACCGUUCGGCCUCUCCCUCAUAUACCUCCUACUUUAUUUGAUAGCACCGUUCCCGCAAGUACCAGAUUCAAAAACAUUUAAAGGAUGUAGAGGAAAAUAUCUUCUAUUGAAUAUCAUCGUAUCCGUUCUUAUACUUUUAAUCCACGCAGCAUGGCACAGUGUAUUGGCGGCAUUUGGAAAUUAUGGCUCCAUACUACAAAAAUACCCAUUGUUAGAAGAGAUUGGUUUGAAUCUCGGUUUAGUAUCCUACGCAGGGAUAGAGCCAUUAAUGGCUGUACAAUAUUUAGCUCCAGAGUUGGUAAUGACGGGUGUGUCACUGUUUGUGUAUCUGAUGGUACGUAAACUUCUCGUUGGUUCUCCUACGGAGGAAGUAGAGCGGAAGAUCUCAAAACAUCAGCAGUACCCCUUAUUAACUAGUGCAGGAAAAUACGUAGCCUUAUUUCUAAUAAUGUUCUCUGGCAUAAUGCGUCCCAGUAUCACUUCGGGGAUAUAUUUCCUUGUAUUCAUGGGCGCGGCAACUGCUUGGGCGCUGGGACGGCCUUUGGAGCGUGGUUUUGCAGUUAUAAGUAGAUGUCUGAUGUCAAUAAUGGCUGUCCAUAUAGCCGUGUUGCUGGUUUAUCAGUGCUCUUGGCUCAUUGAGUUGUAUCCGCCUGAUAUGGAUUUGGCCAGAUAUUUUGGUCUUACAAAACUAGUAAUAAUCAACGGUACGAAUUCUUCUUCGAGCUUCAUAUACGAAGUUACAGAAGAUCACAAAUGGGCAACCCUAGCAAGUCCUCUAGUCAUACUCUUUUCGUAUUUCUUUCUCGCAUUAGAGUCUAGGGAACUCUUCAAACCCAAGGUUGCAUUUUCCUACAUAAAUUCCCAAGCAUUGAGCGGGGACAACAGUGAGACUGCUCCUUUAAUCAAAACAAGGAGUCCGAGCAAAAGAUGGUCCAGUGUGAGGUCAGGUUCGGUUUCAAGGCAGCUGCACCAAGACUCUACUGGAUCCGUCGUAGUUCCAGACGAAGAGUCAGUCUUGGAAAUUGAGGAGCCAACAUUAAUGGACGAUAUAGUAGCCGCUGUUGUCGAUUUCUUCCAAGUUCUUGUUAGGUCCUCAUAUAUAGCAACAACAAUAACAAUGAUGGCGUGGAGUAUAAUGUUCCAUUCGUGGCUGACAUUCGUGUUUUUGAUGUGGGCAAAUAUAGUCUGGCUCUGCCAGGACCAGAGGUCCUUUAUGCUGAAAACCAGUCCAGUUCUGGUGGUAUACGCCAUGCUGCUACUUCUUGCUCAGUAUAUUUACGGAAUGGAUUUGACUGAUAGUGAGCUGCCGUCUAAUAUUACGGAGGUCAAUCUCGCCCAAAUAGGCCUCGGCAGAGUGGACGGUGAGCCGUGUGUGCCGCUUUUGAUAAAAUCGAUCUUCACCUGCAUGUUUUGGGUGACCCUGCGCCAGCGCAUACAAGAGAUCCGACAGAGGAGACAGUCCUCAGCCAUUACGGAUAUUGCUGCACCAUUACAACUUACUGUUUCUACUGCAGCUAGUGCACUUGAAGGAGAACGAGAAGAAGAGAGUCGCUCGCGUCUCUUACGAGCCUUGGGUGAAUGGCUGCGCGCAGUCUGCGCCCGGUACUGGAUAUACGUGGUGGUCAUCAUGCUUUUCGUAAUUGGCAUCACUGGUGAUCGAAUGACAAUAUUCAGAAUUAUUUAUAUGUUCCUAUUCCUUGGGUUUAUACUUAUGUUCCAGAUAAGUUGGUACUUGUGGCGAAAACUGAUGUAUAUAUUUUGGAUAACUGUGAUUAUAUACUCUAUGAUCAAUCUUAUACUCAUAUAUGUGUAUCAGUUUGAUAAUUUCUCCAAAAUGAUUGAGACCUACCUCAUGAUCAACGAGAGAUUACAACACGACCUCGGCCUAGACACAUAUCACCCUGCCGACUUGUUCGUCAAAUUAUUGACGCCCACUCUUUUCUUGAUUAUCACUAUUAUGCAAGUCCAUUACUUCCAUAAGGACUUCAUGGCUCUAUCAGAUCCUAGGACAAGAACGAAUAGUUUAAUACAACCUGAGUCAAGUCGACCAAGUAACGCUGGUGCCUCCACGAUGAAAGACGAUCUACCAGCGCUACCAUCUGAAGAAGAGAGGGAGUUACGAGAAAGACAGUCUCCUAGCGACACUGAAGCCGAACACUCUAUUGGCACUUCAUCUAUUCCUCCAGCAGCUAAACGAUCUUUACACAGAAAGUCGUCCCGCUCAUACGCACCUACAGUGACUGAGAGGGGUUCAAUAAAAUUCCGGCCAUGGCUCUCUGCUACAUUUUCUCGUCUACGAGAAACAUAUUCCUGGUGGGUAGAGAAGGCCUUCAUAUUCCUGGAUAUACAUGUCAUCAAGAUUCUCUUCAUAUCACUUAUGUUGCUGUGUGUUUUUAACCCAUGCGCCAUGCACGUGCCUAUAAUGAUAUUAAUUGCGCCAGCGCUUUGGUUAAGUUCAAGGAAACAGCGGUUCUGUAUGCUCGUCAUAUCAACUCUAAUCAGUGUAUAUUUGAUGGCGAAAAUGGUUUAUCAAAUUGAAUACAUCAAACAUUCUUUCUUUGAUGUCAAUUGUACUUCUGAAGGUGAAAAUAAUACAAUGAAUAUGACGACAUAUAAUAAUGCGGAAUGGCUCGGCUUCUAUAAAACGUCGGCAACGAAAAGUUUAGCGGCUUUAUUAAAGGGCUAUAUUGCUCUCAUUGUUUUGUUCACUUUCUACUCCUUGGUCACAUAUCGGCAACAAGUGCACAGGGAAUCGGGAAUUCUACCAAAUACAAAAGACAAGCUAAUGUUUCCCGAUAUAACACGAAACGAAGCAGACAAAGAUUUAAUACAUUACAUCAAGUAUUUGUUCAAUUAUGGCUUCUACAAAUUUGGUGUUGAGAUAACUUUAAUAUGCCUUAUGGGCGUGAUCGGUUCUCGUAUGGACGUAUACGCAGUUAUAUACUCUGCGUGGUUGUUAGCGCUCGUGUCUAUUCGAAGGAAGCAAUUAGCUAAUCUAUGGCCGGCAUUUACAGCAUUAAUUACAUUAUUAGUGCCAUUACAAUAUAUGCUAGCUGUGGGAUUUAUGCCCCAAUUUUGUAUACAGUAUCCCUGGAGUGGGGAGGAUCAGCAAAUGAAACAUGUACGGAACUGGCUGUUCCUUCCAUAUACAGCAGAACCGCCUCACGCUGUAAAAUUAAUAUUUGACUUCUUCCUAUUAAUGUUUUCUGCGCGACAGCUAAAAGUUUUUCGACUAGAAAAGUCCCAUGGAGAUAAUUAUCCUGGUGGGUCCAACAGUGAAGAUAUAGGAAAAGACUGGGAGACACCUAACUUUGUCAAUCCGGUACCAGAUUUUCUAGGUUAUGUUGGAACCUGGUUGGAUGUGAUUAAGCGAAUGGUAUUCCUGGGAAUGUUGUGGGUGACUUUAGCUAUUAUGUUCAUGACGGGAACGAACCGUGUGAAUUUGUUUUCAAUGGGAUAUCUUAUUGGAUCUUUUAUAUUCUUAUGGCAAGGAACUGACUUCUACUUGCGACCAAAGGAAGCUAUUCUGCAAUGGUGGUCCUGGUUGGUGCGUUACAACGUAUCUGUAGUGGUUAUCAAAGCAGUUCUGCAAAUCCCUGGAUGUAUGUUCAGUCGUGUGAUGCAAGACAACGCGUGCUGGCUCGUACAAUUACUUGGUAUCGGAUGUGUGGAUAAAUUUGCUGGAGGGAAUAUUGCUCGCUUCCUCAAGAUGCAUUAUGACAAGGAUUCGGCAUGUUCUGUACCUCAAGAGGACAUCGGUCUAGCUUGGGAUGGAGUUUGUUUCGCGUUUCUUAUACUUCAGCGACGGUUGUUCCACAGCUAUUACUUCUAUCGAGUUAUAGAUGAGAGUAAAGCUACAACGGUUCUUGCGUCCAGGGGUGCAGAAUUAAUAGAAGAAUUAAGACAGAAGCAGAUGUUAAUUCAAGAAGAGCAAGAAGUAAAAAUAUUAGAAAAAAUUAAAGUGAAAAUGGAAAGGAUAAAAGCUAACCAGAAAAAAAUUCAAGGUGUUAUGUCUAAAGAACCGGUUCAUCAUGAUGCAGGAAGCGCUGACGGAUCUCAACAUCGACUAUUCACAAAACGACAUGAAGUUCGCGACAGGCCCCGGUACAAGCCGCCAACCAGUCAUCAGAAGGCCGUGCGCUCUGGUGACUACUAUAUGUUUGACGAGUUCGAUGAUACUGAUAUACACCUGAAGGAGGACGAGUCCAGUUCUGAUGAAGACGCUCCUAAGGAAAUGGGCCUAGGGAAGUUGCUGUCGACGGCGAUAAAGACGGAUUUGCGUCGUGCCGUGUCGCUGAGGCGUGCGUCUGCGCCCGUUCUAAGGGACGUUAGGAGAACGUCCUAUCCGGCACACCCUGAAUCCUAUAUGGAUGAGGUGCGUCCUUUAUCGUCACGGGGUGACGUGAGACGGGACGACGAUCCAUCAAUGAGAGACCGAGCUGGUCCAUCAUCAGACUUGGAUGAAUUUGCACCUAUGCCCGAAACCGAGACUUGGAUGGACAAAAUUAAGGGAUAUCUGGACACGGCCGGUGCGUUGGUAUCUAGCUUUUUGGUCUCCCUCACUCGGCAUCUUAUGAAAUACUCACGGGACUACAGAUAUGUGUCAAGAACUUUAUCUGUUGAGAAGAAAAUUUUGAAGGAAAAAGAAGGAUUCGGUAUUGGAAUACGUGAAGGGUCGCAAAUGAUUUGGGAGCCAAUGCCAGAAAUAUUUGUACAUCACCGUAAGUUAAGCCAACUAAGCGUACCGGAGAUUCGUAUAUUGGCUCCAAGUAUGGAGAGGGGGUUAGACAAGCCGAGUCCCGCCAUUUCGCGACGCGAGUCGAGCUCCGAAAGUGACACAGAGGAUGACGAACACGAUAGUGUUUUUAGCUUGCAAACUACUGAAAGUAAGGAUCUCACGACGUUAGAAGAACAGGAUGACUCUAUGUUCAAACAGGAUAAAUCGCCUUUGGUUCAUCUGUGCUACGCUUUGUGGUUCGCUGUUUUGGCACAUACGGACAUAGUCUGUUACAUCAUGGUCUUUAUAAAUCAGAUUCAAUCAGCAACAAUUCUUUCCAUACCUCUUCCGUUGAUGGUGUUCCUAUGGGGAACUCUGACAAUACCGCGACCGACCAAAACAUUUUGGGUUACACUUAUCGCGUAUACUGAGGUAAUCGUGCUAAUAAAAAGUAUGUUCCAAUUCGAGAUUCUACCGUGGAAUCAAAAAGCGAUACCGGCAAAUAUGCCGUUCACAGCUCCACGAAUUAUUGGUAUCGAAAGGAAAUACAAUUACGCCCUCUACGAUUUGCUACUAUUGCUUAUCAUAUUCUUGCACAGGUUCAUGUUAAAAUCCUUAGGUCUUUGGAAGGAAUCUUCUCCUGAUAUAGAGCUACAGGAAGAUAAGGAGUAUCCUUUGAGCGCCGAAGAUACUCAGCUCCUGGUGGAAGGUCGAGGCGCUGAAGUUGGACAGAAAUAUGUCAAAUUGCACGAAAAAAUUGUCCCACAAAAAGAAAGUGAAAUCAAUGGGACGUUCAAAACGAGUAUCGACAAUUUGCCGCAAAUUAAAGAUCGCGCUGAUGAUGAACCGGGGCCCUCUAAAGAACUUGAUGAUGAGUAUAGGGUAAACGAUGAUCAGGAACCGAUAAUUGCUGUAAACACAAUGUUGGAGGAUACAUAUCAGCAUUACCCUAAUGUGAUGUUACUUUCAUUAAAACGAUAUUUGCGUCCAACGAAACAUUUCUUCGAACGUAUGCUUGCGCCGGGCGCGCGCGUCACUGCUGACGUAUACGCGUACAUGUUUCUUUGCGAUUUCUUUAAUUUCCUUGUCGUUAUCUUCGGGUUUGCGGCUUUUGGGACACACCAAGGCGACGGUGGUGUGCAGACUUACUUCGAGGAGAACAAAGUGCCUAUACCGUUCCUUGUAAUGUUAAUAUUGCAGUUUGCACUUAUUAUAAUCGACCGAGCGCUUUAUUUACGCAAAUUCAUGCUGGGCAAGAUAUUAUUCCAAUACGCCCUUAUUAUUGGUGUUCAUAUAUGGAUGUUCUUUGUAUUACCGUUUAUUACUGAAAGGACAUUUAACACCCUCCUACCGCCCCCGAUGUGGUACAUGAUGAAAAGCAUCUACCUUCUACUCUCGGCAUACCAGAUCCGGUGUGGCUAUCCCCGGCGUAUUAUCGGAAACUUCCUUUGCAAGUCUUAUCGGUUCCUCAACAUGAUCUGCUUUAGAGGCUUUAUGGCAGUGCCGUUCCUCUUCGAAUUACGGACGCUCAUGGAUUGGAUAUGGACUGACACCUCAAUGACUCUCAUGGAUUGGCUCAAAAUGGAAGAUAUAUUCGCUAGCGUCUUCUUACUCAAGUGUUCUCGCUACGUAGAAGAUGAAUUUCCUCAACCGCGAGGCGUUAAGAAAUCCACCACAUCCAAAUACCUGCUCGGCGGAGGAGUUUUGGCUUUUGUCAUCGCUAUCAUUUGGUUCCCGCUUGUGUUCUUCGCUUUUGGUAAUUCGGUUGGUGAGCCAAACCCACCGACAGAUGUCACCGUCAAAAUUCGUAUUGGACCCUUCCUGCCCGUUUAUCAAAUGUCUGCUCAAUCACACAAUAUUGAUGUCUAUACCGAACAAGACUACACCCAACUGAGCAACAUGUACGCCCGAGACCGAACCGCACAGACAUUCCUCUCUAACUACAUGUACAAUGACGUCGCAGUUAUAACAAUCAACCCUAACUCCACCGCUGUGUGGAAUAUUUCUCCUCCGGAAUUGGAUCGGCUUGAAAAAGAAGCGUUGUCAAAUUCAUCAUUAUUAGUUAAAUUCACAUACGUCAUAACUCAUCCGAGUAAUAACCCACAAAAUCCGCCAACAAUCGAAAACAAUCGUGAAGUGCCGUUGGACGCUUAUGUAAACGGGAAGAAAAAUCCGGAGAGAGAUACAUUACUGCAGCUACUGGCUGGGACAGCUCCUCCUGAUCUUUGGUUAAACGUCAAACUCUUGUUCCCGAAAUUCGUGAAGGUGUUCAACAAGGGCACCACAAAACCGGCUUUCCAAUUGAUGCCGGCUAUUGGUGUUAAUGAUGUUGAAGACGCAAGAUAUUAUCGAAACGUGCAAUUACGGUUGGAAAGAGACAGAAAUACAAGUUACUGGAGGGUACAUGAAUCUUGCGAGGACAGGGAUCCGCUAGCGUCAAUACCAAUGAACAAUUGCGACAUGCUCGUAAUGUAUACGUUUAACGACAAACUGUUUCCGGAGACACUCAACUUUAUAUCUGGUGGCGGUAUAAUCGGUUUAUACACAACAUUCGUGUUUCUCGCGUCACGAGUGCUUCGCGGCUUCUUCUCUGGCAUCUACACAAAGAUUAUGUUCGACGAUCUGCCCAACGUUGAUAGAGUGUUGCAACUCUGCCUUGAUAUAUAUCUGGUGCGUGAAGCUCUCGAAUUGACAUUAGAAGAGGAUCUAUUCGCAAAACUGGUCUUCCUAUAUCGGUCGCCGGAGACCAUGAUUAAAUGGAGUCGACCACGAGAAGAAGACAGCCAAGAACAAAGAGCUCUACCAGCUCCGAACUGAAAUGCUUAGUAAGAACUCGUCAGUAUAAGAAAUAUUUAAACCUAAAAAUUGAAUCAGUCUUAUGCACUAUCCAAAGUACUCAGGGGUAUGUUUAUCUCUUUCUGUCUACGCUAGAAUAAAAAGAGACAGAUAUAGUUAUAGUUGUGUUUUAUUGAUAAAAACUGAGCAUACUGGGUUUCUAAUCAAUAAAAUGGUUAAUAUAUAUUAACACGAUUUGGUACAUAACAUUGUCAACUUUAUUUCUACUCGACAAGAGUAAGCCAAAAUAGAAGGGUUUCUUCUAGAAACUUCGCCUUGACUUUUAUACGUCUUUACUGAAAUAAUAAAGUAGUUCAAACCAAUUAUACAAAGCUUAGUCCAUUUCAUAUAUAUAUUUAGACAUUACAAUUCACGCAUUGAUUUAAUGUAUGUACACAACAAAAAUUGUAUCUAUAUUGCAUUUAAUGAUUCGAUAUAUUUAUUUUAGUAUCUAAGAAAGAUUUGUAAGAAAAUGAGCCAUUACUAUAUAUAGCCAUUACACUAUAACCAGUGUUUAAACUACGCAAAGAAAAAAGUAAAUUCGAGUUCAUGUGUUUUUGGAAAUUUAACAUUUUACAAGAUAAGGUUUUUGUUAUCGUUGUACAGCGAUAUUUGGUGCUUCAAUGUUUAUCUAGUUUUGCUAGUGUUUAAAAUACAUUUUGUCUAAUUUCACCUCAUUAUAUAGUACUUAAUAUUUUGACUCCAUCGAAGAACAAGCUCUCUGCCUAUCAUAAGCGUUUUUAACUAUCUGCUGCAUUUUUGUCUGGGGCAGAAAUAUGAUUUAAUAUUUUUUAACUUAAAGUAAGAACUGAAACCCUCACCCUAAUAUGUAUAAAUUUGAAAAUCACAUAAUUUAAAUAGAUCCAUCGUGAAAGUUGUUUUAGUACUUACAUAUCUAUAAAAAAAGGUAUCCUAUUCUACAUAGCUGUACUAUUUAUUUAAUGUUAGUUUUAAUCAAUUGUAAAUAUUUAUAAAUUAUAUUUAUACAUGUUGGAUUCUGAUUAAAAUUUAUUUAAUGAAUUGCGCUACUAAGCACAUAAGCUUUAUAAAUUAUGAAUUCAAUGCAGGCCGUUACCUCAGUUCUAUGUUUUGUCUAUUGUAAAUGUAGUUAGUGAAAGUGCAAUUAAAAUAAUGUUCAUUUUUAUAUCUGUUGUAUUUAAGCUGCAUUUAAUGUUGUGGUUUGAUAAUAAAGUCAUAUAAAAUGUU